AAAAAAAUAAUUUUUAGGUAAACUAUCCCUUUAAGGGCACUAUUGAGAAGUCUCUCUGUGGGAUCAGAAAGAGUGAAGAGUGAGAGCGGAGAUGACUUCUAUAAAUAUCGCUGUCAGAUACACUUUCUCCAGGUAACGUUACCUGAGCGCAGUCAGGUAUAUCAUGACCACAUUAUACUCCUGAAUCAAUUGUUAUCGUAUGUCGUCCAGUUACGUAGCAUUGCUGAUUAAAGGAGGUUUCAUUUUCUUGAUUACGAUUCAGACAGAUACUCGGAUGCAGAGGAUUUAGAUGGUUUUCUUCAGCUUCAUCUGAGCUGCUAAAUAAGUCACACGGGUGAGAACUUAAGAAUAGAGUUGAUUGGCAUUGAAUAGCACUAAAUAGAGCUGAUUGGAGUGAUUAGUGGUGGUCUCAUAACCCAUCAUUGUUAUUUCAAAAAAGGUCAAAGGAAUAGCACUGCAUUCAUGGAGACAGUCGGACCAGAUUUGUUCAUGUGUGUUGUCUGUGUAUUGUGUGCGCUGACUGACUCGCUCUUGCACCCACAGCAUCCUCUGGGGAAGACAUCAGUCGUGGCAUAUAGUGUCUUCUCUUAUCACCGAGUCCAAUGGAUGCAUUGUUUGGCCUGCGUUUCAGACGGAAAGCCUGUGAGCCAAGCGGACACAGGUGCUCCAGCGUGUCACUUCCAGUGAGUAAAGCGCGCCGGCGCUCCAGCGUGGGCCUGCCAUCAGCUGGCCUGGCUCAGAGACGCAGGUCUAGCUCUCAGCUACAAACCAGCAACGUGCCGACGGGAGUCAUUCAACACAGAAGAGGACACUUCACCAGAAGGAGGUCGAGUGGUGCAACAGCCUGCCUGACCCCACGGUUCGCUAUCCGACGGAGACAGGCUGCCAAACACCGUAGCAUUUAUGCCCAGCUCCUGGGCCCAUCACUGCUCCUGGCUAGUGUGGUUCAAAUGAGUGAAGAUCACGAAACUGAGAAUAAGAGUGCAGAAGAAUACUCCUCUCUCUCUGAUAGUGACUGUAGCCAGGAGGAGCACAAGCAAGCAGGGAUGGACUUAGAGUCAGAGUCUGAUAAGUGUAUGACGUGGUUGGCUCAGGGUGUGUUGGCGGGAAAAAGUAUUCAGCCCCGCCCCCUCAUCCGUGCCCCACGUUGCCUGCGGCGAAACUCCUCACACCUACUUCCUGCUGAGGCCGUUUACCGGAGCCCAGCCUCUUAUGGGCUGUACGGCCGUUACCGUAGGACCAGUCAGGCACAGGGUCUGUCUAAUGUAGGUGGAUUGUGGGCAGGGAGGCGAAAUUCUCUUGCAGCUCGAGGAUCAGUUGAACUGUACAGGACGAGCUCCCCUUGCUGGACGGAUCUCGGUCUUUCACCCACACUGCAGGAAACAUACUACAACCCACAGAUUGACACAUGGAGUGCGUUCCUCUCGAAGGCCAUUGCCAAGUCCGGUCUCCAGCACCUCUCAUGCCAGCCCAGUGCUGCAGUGUUGGCCAAGGGGGAAACAGACAGAGAAAUCCGCAGCACAGUGGACUGGAGUGAAUCAGCUCUGUACGGAGAGCACAUCUGGUUCGAGACUAAUGUCUCUGGGGACUUCUGUUACGUCGGAGAACAGCACUGUUACGCCAAAUCCCUGCAAAAGUCUGUUGCUCGGAAAAAGUGUGCUGCUUGCAAGAUCGUAGUUCACUCCAUCUGCAUUGAACAGCUGGAAAAGUUAUUGGACUGGAAUGCUCCACCUCAAGGGGAGGGGCUUGAUGAGGUGCCUCUCAAAGACCCAUCAUUCAGAAUAAACUUCAGAUGUAAACCAUCUUUCAGGGAGUCCGGUUCACGGAACAUCCGGGAACAUACCUGGCGACGCAGAGCUUUCAGAGGUCGCCGUGCUUUGGAGCAAAUGAGAGGUGCUGCAGCUAAAUGUAGUGCGCACACCUCUAUCACACAGCCAGCAAUAGUGCGACACCACUGGGUCCAUCGGAGAAGACAAGAGGGCAAAUGCAAACAGUGUGGAAAGGGGUUUCAGCAGAAAUUUGCCUUUCACAGUAAAGAGAUUGUAGCCAUUAGCUGCUCCUGGUGCAAACAAGCAUAUCAUAAUAAGGUGACAUGCUUUAUGCUGCAGCAAAUAGAAGAACCGUGUUCAUUAGGAGCACAUGCCGCCGUUAUAGUACCUCCUACCUGGAUCAUACGGGUUCGCCGACCUCAGUCCUCACUAAAGUCAAGCAAAAAGAAGAAACGAACAUCUUUCAAACGCAAAUCCAGCAAGAAAGGAGCAGAGGAGGCUCGAUGGAAGCCCUUCAUUGUGAGACCUAUUCCCUCUCAACUCUUGAAGCCACUGCUGGUGUUUGUAAACCCAAAGAGUGGAGGAAACCAGGGAGCUAAAAUCAUCCAGUCCUUUCUGUGGUGUCUGAACCCUCGGCAGGUUUUUGAUCUCAGUCAGGGGGGUCCUCAGGAAGGCUUGGAGAUGUAUCGCAAAGUUCACAACUUGAGAAUUUUGGCCUGUGGUGGGGAUGGCACGGUGGGCUGGAUUUUGUCCGCUCUUGAUCAGCUGCAGCUAAACCCUUCUCCUGCUGUGGCAGUACUUCCUUUGGGCACGGGAAAUGACCUCGCUAGGACGCUAAACUGGGGUGGGGGUUACACAGAUGAACCUCUGAGUAAAAUCCUAUCUCACGUUGAGGAUGGGAAUAUUGUACAGCUGGAUCGAUGGAAUCUUAUUGUGAAGCCCAACCCAGAGGCGGGGCCAGAGGAAAGAGACGAGCAGGUGACAGACAAGCUCCCUUUGGACAUCUUCAAUAAUUACUUCAGCCUUGGGUUUGAUGCUCAUGUGACUUUAGAGUUCCAUGAAUCCCGAGAGGCCAACCCUGAGAAAUUUAACAGCCGAUUCAGAAACAAAAUGUUCUAUGCAGGGACAGCGUUUUCUGAUUUCUUGAUGGGCAGCUCCAAAGAUCUGGCUAAACACAUUAGAGUGGUGUGUGACGGCACUGAUUUGACCUCUAAAGUGCAGGAUUUGAAGCUGCAAUGCCUGGUCUUCCUCAAUAUCCCCAGGUACUGUGCGGGCACUAUGCCAUGGGGCAAUCCAAGUGAGCAUCAUGACUUUGAGCCUCAGCGUCAUGAUGAUGGCUGCAUUGAGGUCAUUGGAUUCACGAUGACAUCACUGGCUACGCUGCAGGUCGGAGGUCACGGUGAGAGGUUAAAUCAGUGUCGUGAAGUCACCCUCACCACCUUUAAGUCAAUCCCCAUGCAGGUGGAUGGCGAGCCUUGCAAACUAGCUCCAUCUGUUAUUCACAUCUCCCUGAGAAACCAGGCCAACAUGGUGCAGAAGACCAAGAGACGCACAUCAAUACCACUGCUCAAUGACAGUCAGCAGCCAUUUCCAGAACGAUUACGGAUCAGAGUGAGCCGUAUCAGCAUGCAUGAUUAUGAAGCUCUGCACUACGAUAAGGAGAAACUCAAAGAAGCUUCAAUUCCACUGGGUCUCAUCGUUGUCCCGGGAGACAGUGAUUUGGAAACCUGCCGAGCUCACAUCGAGAGACUACAGGAGGAAGGUGACAGGACCAAAUCAAAGGCUUUGUCGUCUCAGAGGCUGUCGCCAAAAUGGUGCUUUCUCGACUCUACAACAGCUGAUCGAUUCUACAGGAUUGAUCGAGCUCAAGAGCAUCUUAACUACGUGAGUGAAAUUUCUCAGGAUGAGCUGUUCGUUUUGGACCCAGAGCUGGUUGUCACAGAGACGGUCAGCACAUCGCCAGGCAUGCCAGACCUGGUGGACUCCUCUAGUGAUGCCCCUUCUGAUCCACGUAAAUUUGCCUUUCCAUCAUCCUCUUCUCCACCAAACUCACCCGGACCCAGGGUUGAAGAGCUCCAAAGGAAGCGUGUUUCCAGUGACAGUUCUGUGGCAGAAGCUCUUGCACACAGUGACUCGCUCAGAUCAGCCAAACCAGCUCUCAGCAGGGUGGGGGGUGUUCAUCGCUCAAAUACAACAGCAGCAGAUUUCAAACCUACCAGCAGGUUUGACAAGAGCAACCUGAACAAUGCAAACUCUGUGUCAGCAGACAGUCUAAUUGAAUGUGUGAAGAAGAAGGACCAUCAGAAGUUGAAGGAGCUGCAUACGAAGGGGGCUGACCUGUUUGUGCAGGACGCUGUGGGCCGCACCCUGCUGCACUAUGCUGUGGAAGUGGGAAGCAAGGAGAUCGUCAGAUACAUCAUUGAUAAUGCACCCACCGAUAUCCUGGAUGUAACAGAGAGAGAAAAUGGAGAGACGGUAUUGCACAAAGCGGCCUCAUUGUGUCAGAGGACAAUCUGUCAUUACCUAGUUGAGGCGGGAGCAUCUCUCAUGAAGACAGACUUACAGGGCGACACUCCAAAGCAUCGUGCCGAGAAGGCGAAAGAUGCAGAACUUGCGGCGUAUCUCGAGAACCGCCAGCACUACCAAAUGAUCCAGCGUGAAGACCAGGAGACUGCAGUUUGACCUUCAACCUCUCACCCUUCACCUCAACCGGUGUCCUCCUUUUUGUGCCAAAACAACAGUAACCAAAAAUGUAUCGCUAAACCCGUCUUAGGCUCUCUGGACCGCAGGGGGGGUGAUACAUUCCCAGAGAGGGAAGAUGGUUGCACACUUUACUGUCUCUGAAGAGGUCCCAAGCUUUCAUCAUCUUUCUCCGAAUGACCUGUUGGACUUAAUGUCUUUCAUUUCAUUGCACUGCCAAAACAUCUUAGAGUUUGUAUGUAUGAGACAGAAUGCAUAUGUUAAUGCACUCAUCAAGCUUGCUUUUCUAGUUUGACAAUGCUGAAUGUUAAAUGAAUACGAUGAGGAUUUAAAGAUGCAUGGGCUGGUGUCUGUCUCCAGAUUCAUCCCUGCCUGUAAGUGUAUCUGGAGCAUUCACCGUAGUCCUGACUCCACAGCUAGGUUCAGUAUUGCUCUGUCAUGGCUGAGCAUUAAUCUGGUUAGUGGUACACAACAGGAACCGGAACCGGAACCGGAACCAACAUUUCAGUUAGCGGACUUAUUUCCUAAAGACAGUAGAGCCAUUAAAUGACAUGUUGUUAAUGUAUAAUGUAACAUUUUAGAUUGCCCUGCACUGAAAGAGUUCAGGUUGGUUCAAAUAUAGGAAUGUUUUCUGGGGUCUUGAUCUGAAGCAUCAGAACCAUUUAGUUAUUUUUCAGGUGUGUUAUUGGAAGGAUUUUGCAUUUUCAUAGAUUUCUGUGCUGUUUCUAAUAACAUUCGGUACUGUAAAUGUAUGCGAGUAGCUUUCUGUUUAAGAGGCAUUUGCACUGUAGCUUUGAUUUGCCUUCUUUAUUCUAUACUCUGGAUUUAUAAUUGUUGUACUAAAAUAUAGCUUCUUUCCUACAAUAUUUUUAAGUAAAUAGAUGUUUAUAUAAUUUGUAGCUCUAAAAGAUGUGUUGUCAUGUUUGUAUUAUAAAAUUCUGUAAAUUAGAUUUUGGUUUAUUGGAGUUGAGAACAGAUCUCUCUGUGAUUCAGCUCAUUUUUCUUAAAUCUUUGUGAUAAAACAACGCACUCUAUAAGAGUUUAUUGUUUUGUUUCGUAUUUUUUUUAGUGCUGAUGUCUUAAUGCAGAUUCAAGAUUUUAGGAUGCUUAUAUUUAUUUUCCUAAAUCAUUAUAUAUUGAAAUUAAUUUGGCCUUGAAAGCAUACAUAUUUAAUAAUAUUAGUAAUUUAUGACUUAUUUCAAUUAUUUACAUUAUAGAAUGAAACUCUUCUCUGUCCAGAGAGUUACUACUUCAUUAAUGAUAUGACCCACUGAUUUCAAAGUUCUUUACAAUGUAAUUAUACAGUAUGUAUGCAUAUUCAUAUUGUAAAUAAGUAACACUGUGUUUGGGUUGAACACACUAGCAUUUUUAGUGCUCUUCAUUUGCUGUUGGAAAUGCAUUUUCAGCACUCUCAAUUGUGUUCUUUUUUUGGAAAGUUUGAGUGUUUCAAAUACCAUCCAUCCAUCUCACCCUUUUACCCAGACAGCUGUUUGACAGGAGCCUUGAUGAAGGAGAUUAUAUGAAUGACUUCAUAUGCCAUAAACACUGAACUCUUUCAAUAAACGUGAUGUCUUAAUGAUCGAUUUUCUUAAAUUCUAAGACUUUUUUUAAGGUUCCCCCCCCCCCCCCCCCCCCUUUAGACAUUUUUAGUAUGAAAAAUAGGGUUUGUUGUCCAUGGCAAUUUUCUUUUUUCAUCCUUUUCAUGUUCCAUCUGAGAAGUGUAAAGGCUGAUUGUGCGAUAUGUAUCGGAUACAAAUACAUUUGGAUUUUGAAGAUUGGUGUUACUAAAUAACUCCUGUACUAUAGUAAUCAAAAAGCUGUUUCAUAUAGUUUUUAGACAAAUGCAUUCUGGGAGAAAACAAAGCUAGAAGAUGGGCUGACACUGUAAAUGGUCUUCAAGACAACAGAGCUUUUUACUCAAUCAUGCCAACUUCAUUCCUUUACUGAGGAAUUUCGGUCAUUUAAUUUUACUGUUUGAGAUAAACAGCCUACAGGAACCUCUCGCGCUCACAGUGAUUGAAGGGAUUAAGAGACAAUUUUGUGUGUUUUGAGGCUUUCAAUUUCUUCAUAAUUAUCAAAAUCCUAAAACUAGAGUUUGUCAGACUAAUGGGCAGAACAGAUGGCAUAGAUUUGCCACAAAUGUUUGAACUCAUUCAUCAACACUUGGAGUGAGUUCUUCUUAUGUACUGUAGUAGUUAGAACCAAUUUUAGCGUCGCUUAAAUCUUAGAAAGCAGUUAUACUGAGUAUAUGAUAUCAAUUCAGUUUGUUACAACAUUUUAUUUCUUAUUUAAAAUAUGUUAGAUCCUUACUACAAUGCUCAACACUUCAUAUUUUUUCUGUAAAACGUCUUAAUUGAUUUGGACUUCCUUAGAAAUACAACAGCCUUAAAUUACUUAAGUGAUUUACAAAUGUCAGUAUGUCCACAAUUCCAUACCUGAUUAUUAGCCAUAUGAAUUUUUGACUGGCAUGAUGAUGUUCUACUGCAUGAACAAUCCACAGCUGUUAACUCGGUGAAGUUGAUGUUUUAAUGGGCAGUUUUUAAGUGCUGUAGACAGCAUUUAGUAUAUCAUUUCUAUAGCUCUAAGGGCAAGUGAGGUCUAUGCCCUGCAUUAACCCACUGUACCUUUUAAUUGAGUCUGGUUUUAAGAUUUUAUCACCCAGGCUUUAAUGAUAUGGUUCUUUUGUUUUGGUGUUGAUCCAUUUACUCUGUGGCCCAUUCAGAAGAGAUUGUAAAUGAUGCUGGCAGCAUCAUAUUACCCUUCAGUCUCCUCUCCUAUGAUUUAUUCUCGUCCAACCAA